UUUAUUCGACACCAUGUACUCACACACCACACACAGACAUAGCACCAUAAUGGUAUACUGUUAUUCAUAUUCAUUAUUAUUGUUUAUCUGGUUCGUUUGUCAUUGAUGUCCUUUCUUUUUUGCUACUUUUGGAUCUCGGUUCGCCCUUGCUCUGGGGGAAUGGUAGCAACUAGAAUAACCUCUGUGAGAGCUAGUCGAGUGAGCGGAGUGCGACAGUGCACGGUGGAGGCAACGAUUGCUACCCGAAACAUGGCGGAGACCGUGCGCUCGCUGUUUGACUAUCGGGAGCCUCCGACACUGGACAGCGACGGAGAAGGAAGCAAACCGCCACCACCGCGGGGACGAGGCUGCGGCCGUAAAAGGAAGGGGACGCCCGUGAAGGUGUGUGACCGAGUCUUCGUCACUGAGGAUGAGGAAGAGAGCCUGUCUGAACACAGUUACUGUCCUGGUGAUGGUCAGUACCAGGAAGGAGAGGAGGACAGACUUCCCCCGCCCGAUGGCCCCUACUAUCUGGCGGACCCUGCCCAGCUGUGCGUCUCCGAGCUCGGAGAGGAAGGGGGCAGUGGGGCCCGGGCUGCCGUGCUCUACUCCCCGCCGCCAAACUGCCGCAUCAGAGAGGUGCAUUGUGGGAGCCAGGUGCGGCUUGUGGUAAUUGCGAUCAGAGACAUCGCCAAGGGAGAGGAGAUAACAGUGGACUACAGUCUGACCGAAUGGGGGGAGAAUGCCAUGGGUUUCCACAGCUCUGUGUCUCCAGGAGGUUUUGAGUGCAGCUCUGAUGCUGAGAAUAACGUAAAGAAGGAAGAAGAGUCUGGCCCGGUCUCCCUCUCUCUCUCAGUCUCAGAUUACCUCACGCCCUCCUGGUCCCUCUCUCCUUCAUCCUCUCCACUCUCUCACUCUGAGCCCAGCGACUCAGACCACGAGGAAGAGGACGAGGAGGCUCAGGAGCACAGGGGCCGCGUGCUCCGGAGGCGCAAGAAACGGAAGAGCGCGUCCGGAACCAGAAAGAAGGCGGCACCGAGGACCCCCGGCCGCCCACCCCUCUUCUCCCACACCCUGCCCCCGGCCGGCCCAGCGCGGCCCCUCUUCAAACCGCCCGCCGCGGCCCCGACCACCAACAUCAACAACAACAUAAAUAUCAACAUUGGCCGCGACGGGGCGGCUGGCGUGGGUGGGGGCGGGCAGAGGCAGUGCUGCCUGCACUGCGGGCGCCACUUCCGCUCCCUCGCCCGCCACCUGGAGAAGCACCACGCCCAGCAGCCGGAGAUCAGGGCGGCCAUGGAGUGCGCCCAGACCAACCCGCACGCCGGCCCACCCCAGCCACGCCCCCCUGCUCACCCGCACUCCGCCCUGCCCCUCCCCUCCUCCUCCUCAGCCCCUCCCACACUCUCCUUCUCCAGAGAAAGGGAGGCCCAGGCUCACGGCGGGAAUAACGCCGUCUCCCUCUCUCUGUCCCUCUCUCCCGCCUCCCUCAGCCACGCCUCCCCCAGAAAGAGCCCCGCCCUCUCCACACCACCCAGGAAGAGCCCGGCUCCGCCCCUUUCUACACCGCCCAGGAGGAGCCCGGCCCCACCUCUUUCUACACUGCCCAGGAAGAGCCCGGCCCCGCCCCUUUCUUCUUUGACCAGGAAGGGCGUGUCCACAAUAACCAUGCCCAGGAAAGGUGGCCGCAGACUGAAGAAGGAGAAAGAGGAGGAGCAGCCAGAGGAGAGGCAGACGACAAAAGAAGAGGAGGCCUCUCCUCCUGUCUUUCAAGAAGUUGUAAAGGAGGGAGUGCAGGAGGAGAACCGAGUGAGGGAAGAUGAGAGUGGAGGAGAGGACAAGAAAGUAAUGAAUACCCACAGGCCUCACAUGAUGCCCCUGCUGUCGUCUCUGUCGUCCCUGGUGAUGUACCUGCGGCGGCUGCAGCACUCUGCCUUCCUGUCCCUGUCCCGCUCGCCGCAGUCGGCCGAGGCCUGGCGUCUGCUGUGCCACGCCAGCCUGGCCCUGCUCAUCCUGUACAACCGCCGGCGCGAGUGCGAGGCCUCCAAGCUCACCAUCCAGGACUACAGGAGCCGCGUCACCCCCCAGUGCCCCAUCCCGGUGCCCCCCGGCGCCCCGCCCGCCCUCACCCCCCUCGAGGCCUCGCUCUCGCCCUUCGAGCGCCAGGUCCUGCCCCACCUGCCCAGGGUGGGCGUGCAGGGCAAGCGGGGGCGCGUGCAGCCCCUCAUUCUGCCCCCGCACAGCGAGCCCUGUCUGGAGCUCCUGCUGCAGACGCGGCCCGGGGUGGGCGUGGACCCUCAGAACCCCUACGUCUUCGCGCGGCCCUACCACUCCCCCGCCACGCCGCUGCGGGGGACGGACCUGCUGCGCAGCCUGGCCCGCUCCAGCGGCACCCGAAACCCGCGCGCCCUGACCCAGGCCCGCCUGCGCCGCCAGGUGGCCGUCCUCACCCAGCUGCUGCUGCUGGGGGAGGGGGAGGGGCAGGGCGGCGGCCCCAGCGCCCCGCAGCGCCUGGAGAACUUCCUGCAGAGGGAGUACCACGUGACGCAGAGCUGCGCCGGGAUUGGCCAGGACCCGGGGCUGAUGGGCCGCGUGGGCAGGGUGGUGCUGUGCGGGGAGAGGGACGGGGUUCUGUUUCGGGGGAUGAGUCUGCACCACAUCUGCCUGGAGCUGGACGUGAUGUCGGGGAACUCUGCAGACUCUUUCUCUGAUGACUCAGACGGGGAGCAGAGCAAAGAGAAGGCGGGGGGGUCGUCUUCAUUGGUAAAGAGGGGCGUGGCUAAUGGCAAGUCCCCCCGACAGAGGAAAGGAAAUGCUGCUCUUCCCAACUCGGCCUCCCCUUUCUCCUCCCCUACUGGUCGCAGGAGGGGAACAGGCCAGCCAAAGCCAGGGAAGCGGGGGGUACUGAAGCGGCCCUGGUCUGAGGCAGAGCGCACGGCUGUGGAGUCCCACCUUACACGCAACAUCAUGGAGCUGCGUGUGCCCGCCAAGGCUGACUGCGAGCGCUGCCUGCAGCUCUGCCCCCUGCUGGUCACCAACCGCCGCGACUGGAGGGCUAUCAAGUUCUACUGCCACAACCGCAUCCAGCUGCUCAAGAAGAGGGAGAGGAGGGAGAGCCUUAGCACCAUGCAGGCUCCGCCCAUCUGCUGAGGGAGUCCCACCCCAACAAACAUACAGCCCCCCCCUACCCGGACCUCAACCACCCUCACACCAACCCUAAGAACUGGCCAGUCCCAUCUGAACCACAGGCCGUUUGAGAAAUCAACUUCAUCUGUUUCAGGGUCAUCUCAGGGCUCUACAGUGCACCCAAUUUAGGAACAUUUGUUCCUCAUAAUUGAUGUGCGCUAACUGUAAAAAUGAUUUGGAAGCACAUCUACUAAUUCGAAUGCAUUUGUGUGCUCCUAAGCGUUUCAACUUAGAAGCUUGUGUGCUCCUUGGAGAAAAAUGUAAACAUAGAGCCCUGUGUUGAGUUUGGUGUAGUCAGUUCACAGGGCAUAGCUAUGCUCUGACGUUGCUCAAGCUUGUGGCUCUUGUUCCCAGGAGGAUUUCAAGGGGUGGGAGGGGCUUUUGUGAGAGCAGUGGCAUUUUCCCUCCUUUCCUUUUUUAAACUUAAAAUGGAAGUUGCGCAGCCUCUGUAAUCAGUUUGCUGAUAGGCUUUAUCAUAGGAUACUGCUAACAGAUAUAAGGGGCACAGAGAUAUUUCUCCUAACCUUCAUGGAAAAUUCCCUUUGACAUUUAUUCUUUUUGUGGGGGAUGGAGGAUUAGGUUGGGGGGGGGGGGGUGAUGGAUAAUGGACUGUCCUGCUUACAAGUUUGCAACCACGUGAGCCACAGCACCAUCAUUCCAUGCUGUCAGUGUUGACAGUUAAGCUACUCACCCCCCUCUAUCCCAUCCCCAUAAGUGAGUGGUGCAUUUUCUCACUGGUUUUCUUCUUCUUAUUUUGUGACCAGUCUACCUACAGCCUCUUUAGAGUUUGCCUACUGCACUGUAGAUGACAGAGCUGUACUUCAGAAUGUGGUCUACAGUACACUAUACCUGUAUCUAUGUAGAAACUACCUGCUGCCUGUGCUGAAUCAGUACAGAUGUGCACACAUCAACAGAGACUUGAACCUCUUUAACAUGUCAGCAUUAUUCUGGUAAUUGGUACACUCAGCCAGUAUUCAUUUAUUGCUUGUCCUGUAUAUAGAGAACGUAUCAUUGAAAUUCGAUAUUGUCUUGGUUAUUAAUAUAAUUCCUUCUUUAAACUAUUCUGUACAUAUUGUUGUAAAGUAUCACAGAGACAAAAAAGAAAAAAAUAAGUAUCACAAAAGAACAGUGGAAAAGUAUUAUUUUGUUUUUGUGCUACAUUGUUUGUUUGCUUUUUUACAGUAUGUACUUAAAAAUGUAAUUACAUUUA